GGCCUCGAGCUUUUCAAAGGCGGGCGCCAAUUACCCCCAAAAUCAAAUGGGUAGCUACUCGUCUCAUUACAACAUGGACUUGCUUCGUUUGAGUCGACCCCGUCACCAACCCCCGUUUCCCAACACUCCCACCGAACCCUUGUUUCCCUUCCCGCCCCCUCAAGGACGGGUGUCUGGCGGCGGAGUCGGAGGCGGGGUCGGGUAUUACCAGGCCAGACCGGACCCGUAUUACGGAGGCAUGAGCCGGGAGACGUAUUCAGCCCUCUACCGUGAUGAUUACAUGAUGCAUGCGGCUGCGGCUGCUGUGUAUCGGGCGGAAUUGGCGGCGGCGGCUGCGGCUCUGUCGCCGCACGCUCCUCCAAGAAGCUACAUGAGCUACUUGGCCAAGUUUAAUAUUUUUCCGGGAAUGGCAAGUGGUGGUCCAAGAGAAGAGAGCUUCCAUGGAAGGUCCCCGAAUUUGUUCAGCAAUGAGGCCGCUGUGCCUGCGAAUUCUCCUACAGAGUCCUCCAUGAGGUCUGCCACGAUUCGCUCGGCCGCGGCAGCCGCCAUUUCUCAAUUGAGUGGCAAGGCCAACAAGAACGGGAUCCAGAGCCAAAUGGGAUCGGAUCUGGGAGAUUUCUAUUGAAGCGAGAUCUGCGUUGAUUGGAAUUUGAUGGCUCCAGAGGAGUUCUCGAGAAAAAUUCGUGGUUUGGUGUGACGUCCAAGAUCGUUCCCAAGAAUUUCAUUCAUCAGUUUUUAUGGAAUCUCUGUCGCUAUUGGAACAAUACUGUCCGAUUCUAUGUAUGCGUUUUUUCAUCUGCCUAUGGUUGGAAGCAAAAUAUACCGUUGGAGAUUUCUGUCUUUUAA